CUUGAGGUUAGCUGAUCCUUGCGCUAGUCCCUCCAUUUCCGCAUCAUACACCUCUGCUCUAGGUCCUGUUCCCCCCUUCCCUUCGAAUAUGACACGCGCCUUUUGGUAGGCUGCAAACCCGUAUCCCGUUUUUCGGAUGCCCUGGUCAUGCGCAAGUGAGCCAUCGGUGUAUAGUAGGAUGUGGGACUCAUCGCGUUUCCAUUUUUUUAAUCCGUUCUUGUGUUCCUUCGCCCAGGUCUUUUUGGCUGAUUCUCCUGGUUCGUUGGUUGGUAUUUCUAUCUUUACUCUUCCUUCUAAGUCGUCUAUUGUUUUUGCCCAUGGUGGUGCUGGCCAUAAUGUUGUUGGUUCCAUUUCUGUUUCGAUUUCUUUUGCCAUUCUCCAAAUUUGCGUGCUAUUUUGGUCUUUUUCUUUUCUUUUUUCCUGUUUCUCUUUGUUUUUUAGGUUUCUUCUUUAGGGUGUGGUAUCGGGAUGGGGGGCAAGUGGAGUUUGAUGUCGGAAAAUCCCGAAUAACGCAUGAUAAACUGUUUUACAUAUGGGUUUUUGCAUCAAAAACGCAACCCACACAUCAAAAAAUCCAUAAACAAUUUAUCAAGCGUUUACUUAAACGUUAUACGGGGUUUUCCGACACAUUGUGCCCAGCUGAUGCACGUGCACACUCAGUAUCAAAGCCGACUCAAACGGGGAUAGAGGCUGGGGGAUCCUAUCUGAAACAGGGGGUGCAGGAGGUAAGGGCAGGACCCCUAAUUUCUAUCAAAGGGGGGCCCGCACCAAGGUGCUCUGUGUGCUUCCACGGUCGGUUGCAACAAUUUGCACUGGUGAUAGCCAGAAAAGUGGGAGGAUCAUCGAGAGGAAAGAUGCAUUGAUAAUGCGAAAAACGCAAUCGUUGGGUACUCAACCAGAUGAUUCUCAGUCCAUUUCAUCCACCCUUGAGAACCCAAAAAGAAUGACCAGAUCCCGAUACGAUGUAGGCACGGCAAUAGGGAAGCGACGCGCCCAGCCAUCCCAAACCAGAAAAUGUUUGCAACAAAACCAAAGUGGGCUCCCUAUGUG